AUGACCAGAAGCGAUAAACCACCCAUCUUCGCCUCCGCAUCUUCUGUACGCCCACAAACCUAUCCAGUAUUGCGCGGAACCAUGAUUUUCGACUCGCCCUAUCCUCCUAUGCCACAGCGUGGAGACUCGGGCGCUCAGAUGCCGCCGCCCGUCCAUGCUGGCCAGCAGUAUUCCCAAUCGCGAACUCAUGAUAGGAGGGCCAUGCCUCGCAGAGCUACUACUGGAGUAGUUCCUCCCCAGCCCCCUUCUUCACGACGAAAUGCGAGCGGGCCCUUUGCUAGUGGCCGAUAUGAAUGGAACAGAAGCUUAAUGUUUUAUGGCCAGCCGAUAGAUACUGCAGCUGCUCAAGCGAGUGCUGAUGCCGAAUUUGACGACUCGUCCGAUGACGAUCCUAUCUCCGCUACAAUUCUGGAUAAUGCCAGCGUUCCUAUGUUCGUACCGUCGAGAGUGUCAUCGCGGACACACACAGCGUCUGGCAGCAACCAAUCCUUGUUCGAAUAUCCGUCUAUAUCCUCGUACACACCUCACCCAAGGCAUCCGUCUUCUCCGAAGUAUCAAGUUUAUGGCAGCUCAGUCCCAGUACCUUCAUCCCCUCGACACCUAUUGGCAGGACCUUCAUCACCACGCUAUCAAUUUACAGAGCCCUCAUCUCACGAACACCCAUGGCCAACGCUAUCAUCCUCUCCAAGUCCAGUGGAACUCCCGUCCCCUCAAAAUUCAUUCGUAGAGCAGGAGUCCCCGUGGAACGCACCUCAAAAAACCUCAUCACCCCAGGAUCCAUUAAUGAGGCGCUCAUCUCACAGGCACCCAUCACCGGAACCAUCAUCUCCUAGACAUCAAUAUCAUAAGCUCACAUCUCCCAGCGCUUCCUUUGCGAGAAACUCCUCUCCUGAAAAUUCCGCUACUACUUCCUCUAGCAGCUUACAGUUGCGGAAAGGGCUACAAGAAUCCCCCUCCCGAGUCCCCCGCGAGUUCCCACAGGCCGCAACCGCCUUUGCCGCCGCCAUCCAAGAAGCAGAACAUCGUCUCCAUAACAGUAGUUUGGAGGAGUCGAAGGAGAACACUGACCCUGACGGGGUGGCGCACUUCAAGAACUUGGAAGGCAUGUUUGAUGAAAUAAAAAAGCUGAGCAUAUGUGCCGAGGACACUGGUAAAGGAACGAUUUCCCGCUGGACAUUUAAUUCAAAGUUAGCUCGUCAGCGCCCCUCUAUCCUCAAAGACCUUCCUUCCUCGGUCGCUCCAGAGAAGGGCAAAGGGAAGGGCAAAGACACUUCUCCUACCCUUGGUACGUUUGCAAGGUCGAGAAAGGUCUCAAUGUCCGCCGAGAAGCCCAAGACAAGGUCAAGAAAGGGCUCAGUGUCCGCCGAGCAGCCUAAGAAGAGGAAUGUAAGUGGCCUGUGGAAGAGAGGCAGCGAUUCUUCUACAAAACCGGCUUUCACGAAACCCGCUGAGAACAGAUUCUCCCUCGAUGAGGAGGUGAAUAGACCCAAUAUGGGAGACUUUGCCAUGGUAGAUUUCGUAUGGUCAUUGAAGUCGAGCUGCCCAGUCACGAAGAAUAUAACGCAGUAUGGUGAGUGGGAAAGGAUGGUCGGGGAGGAUGGCAGGAGCGAUGAAUUUUCGCUUCUAAAUCCACCCCAAUAG